GGCCGGCAGCGACCUCUGUCCCCGGCCGAGGCUGGCUGCGGUGCCCGUGGCAUCACGUGGAGCGGGCACCAGCGGGGCCACCGAGCCACCGGAGCCGAGCCCGGAGCAGCCGCAGCGCCGGGUGGAGGAGGGAUGGACGGACGGAGAGACAGCACCAGCACGUGGCUGGGAGCCCCCCUGCAGCAGUUGCCCACCCCGGCGCUGACCCUGGACCAGGUGACGAUGCGGCGCAACGCCGAGCGCAUGCGGGAGCGCUGCCAGGCCCUGGGCCUGCGCCUGCGCCCCCACGUCAAGACCCACAAGACCCUCGAGGGUGCUGAGCUGGCCACCGGCGGCACGCGACGCGGCAUCGUGGUGUCCACCUUGGCCGAGGCCCAGUUCUUCGCAGCGGGGGGCUUCGAUGACAUCCUGUACGCUUACCCGCUGCCAGGGGGGCGGCUGGAGGAAUGUGCUGCCCUGGCCCAGCGCCUCGAGGCCUUCCAGCUCCUCCUUGACAGCCCCCAGGCCUUGGCCCUGCUGCGCCAGUGCCCGCUGCCCCCCGGCAAGCGCUGGCUCGUCUGGCUCAAGCUUGACUGUGGGAAUGGCCGGGUCGGUGUGCGCCCCACAGACCCCAGCGCCAUGGCCCUGGCCCGGGCCAUCGCCGAGGAGGCACCGGAGGAGGUGACACUGGUUGGGGUCUAUGCUCACUGUGGGAACACGUACGGCUGCUGCGACGUCCAGGCUGUCCAAGCCAUCUCCAGAGCCACCACCAGCGCCGUGCUCGACUUCGUCACCGCGCUGCGGCAGGCGGGGGUGCCGUGUCCCCAGGCCAGCAUUGGCUCCACACCAUCCUGCAGCCACCCGGUGCCAGAGAUGGCCCAGCUCACCGAGGUCCACCCAGGCAACUACCUCCUCUAUGACCUCCAGCAGACGCUGCUGGGCUCCUGUCUGCCGGAGGAGGUGGCCAUCCGCGUCCUCACCAGGGUCGUCGGUCACUACCCGCACCGCAACCAGCUGCUGGUGGACUGCGGGUGGGCCGCCCUCAGCCUCCAUGGCCGCGACCAGUCUCCUGCGGGCUGCGCCGCCAUCGAGGGGCACCCCGAGCUCCGGCUGGUGGGGCUGACGCAGGAGCACGGGCAGGUGGGAGCCGUCGAUGGACAGUUGGAUUUUGGGCGCUACCCGCUGGGCAGCAUCCUGGCUCUUAUCCCAUUCCAUGCCUGUGCCACCGCCGCCAUGCACCCGGUCUAUUACGUCCAUGCUGAGGGGAAGGUGGUGGAGCUCUGGCGCCCCGUCCGCGGCUGGUAGGGAGGAGAGUGGGGAGCUGAACCCACACCGAGACCCUGCGCCUAUGCCAGGAUGCUGCAUCCGUACCACAGCGCUGCACCCGCACCAGCAUCCUGCACCCGUGCCAAGGUCCUGCUACUCCCACACCGAUAUCCUGCACCCACACUGGGGUCCGGCAUCCACGUGUGGUGCUGCACCCACACAGAGCCCCUGCACCCACCCCAGGGUGCUGCACCCCAAUACCACAUCAAUAAAGCUGCUUUUCCCACUUCCA